UCUCCAACAUCCUCCCUGGCUCCUGACUCUUCCGCUUAUUCUUCCUCAAGCAGAUUCAUCUGCAUUUGCCAAAAUGCCUCAACUUCUUAACAGCAUACUCAAUGUGAGCAAGGUAUUCCAAAAAUAUGCUGAACAUCAUGGGGCAUGCACUUCACUGAGCAAGAAGGAGUUGAAGCAGCUGCUCCUCACUGAGUUUGGAGACAUUCUUCGGAGACCAAAUGACCCAGAGACUGUGGAAACCAUUCUGGAACACUUGGACCGAGACAGAAAUGGAUAUGUUGAUUUUCAUGAAUACCUCUUGUUGGUGUUCCAAUUGGCUCAAGCUUGCCAUCAUAAGCUCGAUAAUAAGUUGCGUGGAGCUGGAACCUCCUCCCAAAAAGAACGGGGUCAGGAAGCAACACAGGGCCAUAAGUUUUCAGAAAAUACAGGUAGACAACAUGGGCAGAAGCUCGAGAGAGAAAGGCAGAGGUCUCACAGUGCUCAGUCUCAGGAACAAAGUCAGGAUGUCCAACAUGAUCAGUCUCAGAGACAAGACGAAGACUCCCACAGUGUUUCCUCUGAGAGACAUGAUACAGACUCUAACUAUGGUCAGUCAGAGAGAUUCCAUGGGGAAUCCCACUAUGCUCAUUCUGAGAGACAAGAUGAAGAUUAUAGCUCAGAUCAGUCUGAGACAGAUGGUCAGUCCUCCAGCUCUCAUCAAAGACUAGGUUAUAAAUCUAGCAAUGACCAGCCUAAAGGUCAAGGAUAUAUUUUUGCCUUAAAUCAGUCUGAGAACCCUGCUCAGGUUUCUCAUUAUGGCCAGUCUAAAGCAUUUAAACGACAAAGCAGCCAUGGCCAAUCUGGGAGACUCCGACAAGAUUCUUUUUCUAGUCAAACCAGUCAACGAGAAUCCGAUUCUUAUGAACAAUAUGGAAACCAACAUCAGAAAUCAGGCCACAGUCGUACAGACAGACAAAGCCAAAGUUCCUAUUAUGGUCAGAAAGGCAGACAAGGCCAGGGUUUCCAACAAGGUCAGACAGAUGGACAAGGCCAAAGUUCCUAUUAUGGUCAGAAAGGCAGACAAGGCCAGGGUUCCCAACAAGGUCAGACAGGAGGACAAGGCCAAAGUUCCUAUUAUGGUCAGAAAGGCAGACAAGGCCAGGGUUCCCAACAAGGUCAGACAGGAGGACAAGGCCAAAGUUCCUAUUAUGGUCAGAAAGGCAGACAAGGCCAGGGUUCCCAACAAGGUCAGACAGGCGGACAAAGCCAAAGUUCCUAUUAUGGUCAGAAAGGCAGACAAGGCCAGGGUUUCCAACAAGGUCAGACAGACGGACAAGGCCAAAGUUCCUAUUAUGGUCAGAAAGGCAGACAAAGCCAGGGUUCCCAACAAGGUCAGACAGGAGGACAAGGCCAAAGUUCCUAUUAUGGUCAGAAAGGCAGACAAGGACAGGGUUCCCAACAAGGUCAGACAGACGGACAAGGCCAAAGUUCCUAUUAUGGUCAGAAAGGCAGACAAGGCCAGGGUUUCCAACAAGGUCAGACAGACGGACAAGGCCAAAGUUCCUAUUAUGGUCAGAAAGGCAGACAAGACCAGAGUUCUCACCAGGGUCAGACAGGCAGAGAAGGCCAGAGUUCUGAGUGGCAUCGGACAGACAGUCAAGACCAGAGUUUUCAUUAUGGUCAGAGAGACAGACAAGACCAGAGUUCUCAGCAGGGUCAGACUGGCAGACAUGGCCAGAGUUCUGAGUGGCAUCAGACAGACAGUCAAGACCAGAGUUUUCAUUAUGGUCAGAAAGGCAGACAAGACCAGAGUUCUCAGCAGGGUCAGACAGGCAGACAUGGCCAGAGUUCUGAGUGGCAUCGGACAGACAGUCAAGAUCAGAGAUUCCAUUAUGGUCAGACAGACAGACAAGGCCAGAGUUCUCAGCAGGGUCAGACAGGCAGACAAAGCCAGAGUUCUGAGUGGCAUCAGACAGACAGUCAAGACCAAAGAUUCCAUUAUGGUCAGACAGGCAGACAAGACCAGAGUUCUCAGCAGGGUCAGACUGGCAGACAAGGCCAGAGUUCUCAGCAGGGUCAGACAGGCAGAGAAGGCCAGAGUUCUGAGUGGCAUCGGACAGACAGUCAAGACCAGAGAUUCCAUUAUGGUCAGACAGACAGACAAGGCCAGAGUUCUCAGCAGGGUCAGACAGACAGACAAGGCCAGAGUUCUCAGCAGGGUCAGACAGGCAGACAAGGCCAGAGUUCUCAGCAGGGUCAGACAGGCAGAGAAGGCCAGAGUUCUGAGUGGCAUCAGACAGACAGUCAAGACCAGAGAUUCCAUUAUGGUCAGACAGACAGACAAGGCCAGAGUUCUCAGCAGGGUCAGACAGACAGACAAGGCCAGAGUUCUCAGCAGGGUCAGACAGGCAGACAAAGCCAGAGUUCUGAGUGGCAUCAGACAGACAGUCAAGACCAAAGAUUCCAUUAUGGUCAGACAGGCAGACAAGACCAGAGUUCUCAGCAGGGUCAGACUGGCAGACAAGGCCAGAGUUCUCAGCAGGGUCAGACAGGCAGAGAAGGCCAGAGUUCUGAGUGGCAUCGGACAGACAGUCAAGACCAGAGAUUCCAUUAUGGUCAGACAGACAGACAAGGCCAGAGUUCUCAGCAGGGUCAGACAGGCAGACAAGGUCAGAGUUCUCAGUGGCAUCGGACAGACAGUCAAGACCAGAAUUUUCAUUAUGGUCAAUCAGACAGACAAGGCCAGAGUUCUCAGCAGGGUCAGAUAGGCAGACAAGGCCAGAGUUCUCAGCAGGGUCAGACAGGCAGACAAAGCCAGAAUUCUCACUGUGGUCAGUCAGAGAUUGUAAAAACUGAAACUCAAAGACAAAAUAGGUACUUCCAAGGGACUGGUGGAACAAGAAGAGACUCAUAUAUUGAACAAUUUGGAAGGUCAGGAAAACUAAGUCAACAGACUUCAAGAGAAGAAGUGAAUCAAACCCAGAGACAGAGAAUCCAGGAUAAAAGGGAGCAGCAAAUCCACCACCAGGCAUGGAAGCCUGAAGAGUGUAAUCAAUACAAACUCCUAGCUCAAAUACAGCAAGAAGAGCCCUACUCCUAUAAAGAGUAUGACCAGCGAUCACAAUGCAGUGAGCAGGGCCACUGGGGAGAGGAAGAGAAUGAUCAAAGCUGGGAUAGUCAUAGUCUUGAAGAUCAGGAAAGUCUAUAUGAGAUGCAGAAGAGGCAAACCUAUGAAGAGGAACAGAAGAGGCAAGGAAAACACAGGCAAACUUAUGAAGAAAAUCAUGAUCAGCAACAUGGUCAACAAACUCUUGAAGAUGAACAAAAUCACCAGAGACAAGACAAACAUCAAAAUCAUCAUCAACAAUGGGAUAGGCAAACUCAUGAUGAUAAUGAGAGAGCCCAAAACCAUGCCAGAAGCUUUCCCAACAGAGAAAAUUUUCACAUGAAUGAAGACAACCACUGUCACGGGUCCCAGGAAAGUCACUUCCAUCUAACUCAUGACAGUAGAAGGUCCCAAGGAAGAGAACAAGCUGGAAAUCACCAUACCAAAACAGUUCAUGUUCCCAAUCCCUUCUAUGAGUACGUCCAAGAGCAGGCAGCAUAUCAGUACUAGACUGUUCAAGUAUCAGAGCUAAGGUAGCCUGAAGCUAAUGAAAAAGCAUACAUGGCAUCAUCUUUACUUAUGUUCAAAAAGUUUAAUUUAUGCCAGUCUUCUAUCUUUUAUCAUCUACAAAAAGACAAGUACUCAUUUUUUUUUUUAAUUUCAGUUCCUUGAGUAGCAAUUGUAGGGUUAUUUGAUUGGGUGGAAUAAAUUAGGUAAACUAAUCAAUCUGCAUUUUGCUCACUUUGUGGAUUUAAAUAAUUUCUAGUUUGUUUUCAGUUUAGGUGAUACUUGAUUGAAUCAUUGUAUGGCAGAGCACUUUUCCUAAAGUUUAGAAACAUGAAAAAGUAUACUGAAGACUUACACUAUAUUCUAAAAAAAGGGAUUUUGGACUUCAGUGAGGUUUGGUUCUUUUGGGUAAAAUGUCAGGAACCACAGUUUCAUUGUCUACACUUGGAUGAAACACAGUGAGAAGUCUUUAGGAAAGCUGGAAAUCAUAGGGUCUCUCUGAUACUGAUACUGGUAUCUCUGAUGCCUAGGCUUCUACUUCUCCAUUGAUGGGUCAUGAAAACUAACCAGACCCAUACCAAUCCAUCAUACAGAAAGAAAAUAUCUAUCAUCUGUUUGAAGAUUCUUGGUAGCCCAAGCUACCAAUUCUGAAAACCUUUCCAAUAAAGACUAUGUAUAGAACACAAAAUCAUUACAAUAUUAAAUAAAUGA